AUGGCCUCAGAAAUGGAAAUUCUCGAGGCUCCGUCCCAGCAGCGGGGCAGGCUUCGGAUCUUUGCGAUCAUGAUAGCCCUCGCGCUCUCGAUGUUUGUUGCUGCUCUUGACCAGACCAUCAUGGCCACUGCGAUUCCAACCAUUGCGGCCAAUCUACACUCGGCGGCUGGUUAUACUUGGAUCGGAGGAGCCUACCUUCUUGCCAAUGCAGCAGGAGCCUGUAUCUGGGCUAAGCUCUCUGAUAUCUGGGGCCGGAAGCUCAUUCUACUCAUUGCCGUCGCCUGGUUCUUUCUGAGCUCCAUUAUCUGUGCCGUUGCUGUCAAUAUGCAGAUGCUGAUCGCCGGCCGUGCGCUGCAAGGCGUAGCUGGUGGAGGACUUUUGCAGCUUGUAACGAUCGUGAUUUCGGAUCUGUUUAGUGUGCGACACCGAAGUCUCUAUCUUGGCGUGAUGGAGUUCAUGUGGGCCGUCGCGGGAGGCAUAGGGCCGCUGCUCGGAGGAGCGUUUUCAGAAUACGUCACCUGGAGAUGGAACUUCUGGAUUAACCUCCCUGUCUCGGGAAUUGCAUUUGUUUUACUGAUCUUCUUCCUGGAUGUCCAUAAUCCCAAGACUGGCAUGAUGGCUGGCGUCAAGGCGAUCGAUUGGUUCGGUAGUCUGUCCGUUCUGGGCCUCACGCUCAUGCUGCUCCUCGGUCUGGACUUUGGCGGCGAAACGUUCGCAUGGAGCUCGCCGCAGGUCAUUUGCCUGAUUAUAUUCGGUGCCCUGUGCUCGUUGCUCUUCAUCUAUAGCGAAAAGCGACUCGCAAAAUACCCGCUCAUGCCGUUGGGGAUCUUUGCGCGUCUGUCUAACAUUGCCACGCUUGCAGUGGCCUUUGCACAUGGCUUUGUGUUCAUCGCCGGGGAAUACUAUCUACCCCUCUAUCUCCAAUCAGCCAAAGAAGCAUCGCCAAUGCGAUCUGGAGUCCUGAUCCUCCCUCUUGUCCUCGCAGAGGCCUUUUCAGGAAUGAUCACCGGUGCUGUCAUCCACCGCACAGGACGAUACCGCGAGCUGGUCUGGUUGGGCCUCAUCCUUAUGACCAUUGGGAACGGACUCUAUAUCCACCUCGAUGCCUUCUCGUCUCUGGGAGAGAUUGUGGGAUAUCAGUUCCUCAGUGGCAUAGGCGCCGGCUUCCUAUUCCAGACGCCAAUCAUUGCUAUCCAAGCUGCAGUCUCUCAAGAAGACACCGCCACCGCUACCGCAACCCUAGGGUUUGUCCGGAAUAUGGCGACCGCAUGCUCGAUUGUCAUCGGUGGCGUUGUUUUCCAGAAUAGCAUGGGGGAAAUGAAGUCAAGCCUCUUGGCUGUUGGGAUGUCUGAUCGUUUGGCGAGUCAGAUGACGGGCGGUUCAGCGGCCGCUAAUAUCGAGUAUAUCAAAGAUAUUCAUGAUCCGGCUCAGUUGCUUGCUGUCAAAGAGGCAUUCGCUUGGAGUAUGAGGAAUAUGUGGAUUUUGUAUACGUGCAUGUCGGCGGUUGGGGUGUUUUUCUCUGCUUUUAUCUUGAAGGCCCGCUUGAACAAGGAGCAUGUUGAGACGGUGACCGGGUUGAGGGAGGAAAAAAGACCGCCUACCGAGGCCGUCACUUCUGUUUAG